AUGUCUGCGCAAAUAACACCUUACGGGAAAUGGGCCAGCCCUAUCACUGCCGAACACCUCUCUGGAGGCAGUAUCAAUCUUGAAGGAGUCGAGGCCAAUCCAUCCACUGGACAAAUUUGGGCGCUUGAAUCUCGUCCUGCGGAUGGAGGCAGAUCUGUUAUUGUUGAGGUACUCGCUUCGGCAAGCAGAGAUGUCCUGCCUGCGGGGUACAGCGCAAAGAGCUCGAUUCAUGAAUAUGGCGGUGGCGCUUUUGCGAUACACCCGAACGGCAAAUUGAUCUUUACCAAUCAUCCAACAAAUGGUGUGUUCUUGCUUGAUCCGCAAUCUGGGACAGUUGAGACGAUUGUAACUCCCCACGAGUCUGUACGUUUCGGCAAUUUCGACGUCUAUCCUCCCACGCAAGGAUGGAUUCUUGCUGUCCAGGAGACGCAUAGCAAGGAUUCGCUGUUAAGGCCGGUCGUUACGAAUACCAUUGUUGCUAUCCACACAGCCACGGGCGAUGUAUGUACUGUUGUCCAGGGUGCUGAUUUCUAUCAACACCCCCAAUUCAGUCCGGACGGAACGCAAGUCUGCUGGAUUCAGUGGGAUCACCCUGACAUGCCGUGGACAGGCUCAGUUCUCCAUGUAGCCACAUGGGAAGCGGGAAAGUUAGUGAAUGACACUGUCAUAUCUGGCCAAGCAGGCGUCGAGAGUAUCUGUCAGCCUCGAUGGGGCACAGACGGUACUCUGUUCUUCGUCAGCGACAAGACAGGUUACUGGCAGCUAUACCGGUUCAACGGCGGUGAAGCACAAUUGAUUAACCUGAAAGGGCUCGAGUCGGCCGAAUUUGGGAGCAGAGAACCGUGCUUGGGCAACUGCACUUAUGUUCUGUUGGAUAAGAGCACUAUUGUUGCAUCCGCCACCCAGAAUGCGACCUCCAAUCUUGUCAUGAUUGAUCUGGAGACCAAUUCGUGGAAGGAUCUAUCCCUGGACCUCGUCGAUAUCCAGAGAAACGCUUUAGCCCGUGUCUCAUCUACAGCGUUUGCUGUCAUUGGAAGCACUCGGACAGCUCCUCAAGCUCUCUACCGCGUCGAUAUCGGUGACAGUAUCUCGAUCAGUCUGAUUCGAGCCACUGUCGAGCAAUCGAUAUCAAGCGCUCUGAUUUCUCAGACACACCAUAUCACGUUCCCUCGAACAUACAGCGGAGGUUCUGGCAACGCCCACGCCAUGUUCGCGGCACCCAAGAAUCCAGCCUUUGAAGCGCCCGCAGGGACACUGCCUCCCUUACUAGUCUGGAUGCAUGGUGGUCCAACCAGCCACGUUACUCCUGCGCUCGCUCUUAAAACCCAGUAUUGGACGUCUCGGGGGUAUGCGUAUGUGUUGGUUAACCACGUCGGUUCCACAGGCUACGGAAGAGCCUACCGCGAGCUUCUUGACGGCGGAUGGGGUGAGGCCGAUAUUGCCGAUGCGGCCAGCUGCGUUGCGUAUCUCGCCGAGGAGAAGCUUAUCGAUGUAAACAGAGUUGGUAUCGUGGGGGAGAGUGCCGGUGGUUACGCCGUCCUGCAGGCACUCUAUACGCAUCCCGAUGUUUGGACUGCCGGCAUCAGCCUCUAUGGGAUCAGCAGUCUGCAGGGUUUUGCAGAGAUCACGCACAAAUUCGAAAGUCAAUACAUUCUCGGGCUCGUAUUAGGCAAAGGCGAGUGGACUAAGGAAGCACGAGAAGAGCUCUAUAGAAGACGGAGUGCUCUUUAUCAUGCGGAGAAGAUUCAGGCACCCUUGUUGCUUCUUCAAGGAGACGUCGACACGAUUGUGCCGGUGUCCCAAGCGACACAAAUGGAGGAGGCAAUGAAGAAAGUUGGAAAGACGGCUGAAGUGGUGAUAUUCAAAGGGGAGGGGCAUGGCUGGCAUAAAGAAGAGACAAUCCGGGCUUCAAUGGAGUUGCAGACUGAGUUUUGGAACAAAACUCUACUUUAA